AUGGUGCUCCUCUUCCCUGUGUGGGCCGGAGCAGCAAGGGCACUUGACAGCAGGCACCCUACACCUGAUCAGAGAGUGGCCCCACCUCCAGCACCUAGUGCAGAGGGGGACGCCCUGAGACUUGUUGGCGGCAUGAAUGAACAAAGAGUGACCCCUGAACAUAAUCUGCCAGUCAACAAGCUGCUUGGCCCGGGUACCGUUGGCGGUAUCCCAGAUGUCAAAGUAAGCCACAGCAGUAGUGCUAUGCCUAGAGUUGCGGACCACGCGCGGCAAGCCGGACAUGGAAUAGAGGUUAGACCAGAGGGGAGAGGCCGUAAUGGCCUGCGCCACCUCUUUGCUAGUAGUGCGGUCCUUGGGGAAUGUGCCCGAGGCCUUGAAGUAUGGGACGUCCAUGACCCUAAAAUAGGACUUGGAUGUCGGCGGGCCAACCCAGGGAACGCAGUCGUGAUUCCCCUCAAAAUGCGGAACAAUGAGGCCACAAAUAAUAUUCGUGUCCUGCUUGCUCGGGACGACGUCAGUCGCAAUGGCAAGGCCGCCAUAUGCACUCUGGACGGAUAG